AUUUCAAAUCUAUCUCCAAUCCUUGCAACCUUCUCUCUUUCUCUCUCUGUGUAUUAGUUGUUGCUGUUCACACCGGUAAUUUCACUGUGUUCUGUUAUAUGCAUCUCUUUACCAAAUUGCCCCUUCUCAGAGGGUUUGGAGGCUAUGCCGAAAACGGGUUAAAUAAGCUCGGGAAUUUGAGAUUUUGGGGAUGGAACUUGACAUGGAUUGAGGAAUGUAGCGACUUUGUUAUGUUAUGUGGUUGGCGAUUGUGUUGUUACUAGGAAAUUCAAUAAUGUGUUUCCCAGUUGCCCAAAGUCCUGAUUAGUCGUUCCCCUAAGGUGUUUGGAUAUAUUUUAUGUUAUGGAGUCAAGGCUGGGCACUUCAUGGACGAUUUAAGAAAAUGAUUCUCACAAAGCAGUACCGAUGCAUACACUCAGCUAGUUGUCAAUGUACUAAAGGGCAUUUAAGUGAAGAUAUGAUAUUCUUAGUAUUUCAUAAUUUGAAUUGGAAUCCCAAGCUAAUUGCAACUCUAUCAUGUGUGUGCAAAUGGUUUGAUGAUCUUGCCAAGCGAGUUCUAUGGAAAGAGUUUUGUCGAACAAGAGCUCCGAAAAUGUUGUGUGAUCUGCAAUCUAAUGGGAGCCACAUUGUUGAUGGGAACUGGAGGGCCCUAGGGAAGCUUCUUAUAUACUGUUCAGGAUGCACAAAAGGUGGCUUGUUCAAUAGCAUUCAGAUUCCUGGUCACUUUGUUUAUCAGACACGAUUUUCUAGAACAUCAGGAAAGAGCUUUCUUUUGCCACAAUGCAGGACUGAUGUUUUGUAUGUAUGUGAUCCUUGUGAGCAUCUUGACCAAGGUGAGGAAGGAGAUGUAGGAUUCUUCCGUGGCAUUUUUAAGUCAUUUGCAACCUCAAAGGUCAGGAAGAUGCUUAUUAAUAAAGGUGCCAAGCUCCAUCCAACAGAAGUCUGCCCUUAUUGUAAGGCAAAGUUGUGGAGCAUGCUGCAAGCCAAAAUGAUCCCUCAAAGUGCUAGUUGCAGGUUGGGUUCUUAUGAUGAUUGCAUUGAGUAUUAUGUGUGCCUCAACGGCCACAUGCUUGGGAUAUGUACCCUAUUACCAUUGUCUGAUUCAGAAGAGGCAUCUGAAUUGGAGUAAUACCUAAAUGAUUUUCAGGUUGGCAGUAAAUCUUCACAAGUCGGUUGAACGCUGCCGGUAUACUCCUGGUUUAAUUGACUACUCAGCACCUAAAAUAUGCAUUAACUUGCCCUCAAGCUUGAAGCUGCAAUCUCACCCAUCCCAAGCCAGCAUUUCCAAGGAUGGUCGAAGAUAUUAAUCAAUUUCUCGUAUGAAUCAUUAUACAGAAGGUUGUUACUGUGAACCAUGUGAUAUCCCAUUUAGAUUGAUACGUGGUGUCUCUGCGUGUGUAAUAAUUCAUACUUGUUCAAUAUAGAAUCAGGAUUAUCACUUUACUCUCCAACCCCCUACCCCGGUUGAUGAAGAAUACAAAAUAAAUUGGAUUUAAAUAAGAAACAGUAUUCUCUCGGUU